AUGAAGAUCAUCACUCCAUCAGCUUUCGCACUCGUCUGCCUCCUAGCAAAUGUGUCGGCGCGAAACUUUACCGCUCCGACUGGUGGCACCAAUAAGAACAACAUCACGACGGCUGCCGUCUUCGACAGCAAGGGCGCCAACAUGGAAGUCUGCCCCUCUGGUGAUUGCGCCAACGGCAAAUUCAUGAAACUCUCGGUAGCCAGUCUUACCGAGCUGGACAAAGACGGAAAAGAGGUAGCAGCUGUCACCAAAUUCAGCCCCAAAGACAGCGACUGGACUACUAUUAAAGAGGAGACGAUCAAUGACGUCAAUGCGUCUUCAACGACACUUGUGUCCUCGAUCGAGGUUGGUAGCUCCAAGACUAAGGUGGAGUUCAACCUUACUGCAACAAUCUUCCAAGGUGACGCUACUGUGACAUACGGUAGUCAAAGUCUGACGGUGCCUGCUGGAGCGUUAAAGUUCACAGUGGACAUGAACACUUGGCCGUUUGGCGACCCCGCCAACACGCUGACUCUUGCUGUCAAGCUGGAUUCGAAGGGCCCCAAGGGCAAAGACAUUGGCAAGCCAGAGAAGAAGCCAAAAGGUAGCAGUAAGGGCAAUGUUACUGUCGAGCGCGUGGACCUGGGAGACUCUAUGUUUAUGGAUGCACCCUCAAUUGUCAUUCUUGACGGUGUGGAGAAGAAUGUGACCAACUCUUCCGUCGUCGUUGCAAAUGCCGACACGUUGUUCGAGUGGGUUUUCCCACACUUCGCGAAGACGCUACACUACGACCCUGUACUUGGCGACGCAAGUACCUCGAACACAAGCACGAACACAAGCACGGACACGAGCACGAGCAGCAGCGGUAGCUCUUCCGAGUCUUCAUCCGGGUCCUCGUCCUCGUCAUCUGCUUCCAAGCUGUCUCUGUCGGGCCUUGCGGCUGCUGGCCUUACCGCACUCGCUUACAGUCUCUUCUAA